AUGCUGAAACAAAUUGGAUAUGCCCAAGGGACAGCGCUCCACCAGGAAGCGACUGCUGAGACUGGCGGCCGGAUGGUCUUCUCUCCCGAGACAAGCCCGACGUUCCUGAGGCUAUGGUUGCCAAGCCUUGCUCCACGCGCCGAACAGGGAUCCGCCGAGUUUCACGUAGAUUGGGACCUGCCAAGGGGCUGA